AUCACCGGUUGAGGGCGCGCAUGGUAGUGGUUUUCAAACAAACAUCGACAGGAAAAGAAGCUGAAUUUUCAGUAUUUCAAAAUGAGCUAUCAACUUUAUCGAAAUACGACGCUCGGGAACAGUCUCCAAGAGAGCUUAGAUGAACUUAUACAGUCUCAGCAGAUCAGUCCUCAGUUAGCCCUACAGGUGCUUCUACAGUUUGACAAAGCAAUCAACAAUGCGCUCUCACAUCGAGUCAAAAACAGAAUUAAUUUCAAGGGUCAUUUAAACACAUACAGAUUCUGCGAUAAUGUCUGGACAUUUGUUUUGAAUGAUGUUGAGUUCCGAGAAGUUACAGACCUUGUCAAAGUCGAAAAAGUCAAGAUUGUUGCAGUGGACGGCAAAAGUUCCGGUGGAAUAGUAGACUAAUUAUGGAAUAAUGAUUUUGUUAUUUAUUUUAUAUUUUAGCACUAGUGACCUAGCUCUGGUUCCUAUGGCUCUGUUUUGAAUAUUUUUUUUCCCAUUUUUUUCCCUGUUUUCAUGUGCUCCACUUCUCCCGUUGGUUGACGUGUUCAACCGAGGAGUAUACUGUAAUUGGUUUACAUGUUCGUGAUAUGAUACACAUAUUUUAGGACAUGCAUGCAUGUGGAUGUAAUUUCAUGAUACUCCUUGUGAGCCAUUGUCUUGAAGAUCUCAAUGAAAUGUUCACGCACAAAAUUUUAAUUUUUUUUUUCCUUGACUAUGACAUUUUUCUUUCAUGUAAAUAAAGCAGUCUACAGUUUAUGCAAAAUAUAACAGCAUUUUUGAUGAAAACUGUUAUAUUUUUAAUACAUUCUAAAUGUUUGCAAAACCACCAACAAAUAGUUUUGUGAGAAAAAUGAUUGAAAAUUACCUUCCCCUACUUGUUAAUAUAGUGACUGCGGUUCAUUGCUGGAAUAGAAAUUGAAAAUUUUAGUUUUGUAUGCGUUAGUCCAGACUCUUUCAUGUGAAAACAGAAUUAAAGACAUCCACCAACACUUAUAUGAUUGCUAUUUA